UCCAAAGGCCUAAUCUCUAACUGACACUGCAAAGUUUGACAAAACAAAGUCGAGAAUCAAAAGCUCUUCCAGUUAUGAAAGCUGCUAUCUUGAGAGCGGGUUCACUUCCGGUCACCUCAUCAGCUCUGCCCGGUUCUCCCAAGGUUUCUCUUUCUCGUCAAAGCUCUUUCGGUGCAGUUUUCCCCGUUGAGAGAUCUGGCUUCUCUCUUAGCUCUCCGAUAGUAUCGUUGCAUUUCCCUAUGGAUAAACGGAAGCCAAAGGAAUCCCGCGCGCAAAUAAGGCGAGCUUUGUCUGAGACUGAUAUUAUCAAGUCGGAGACUCGGGUUCCCGGUGGAUCUCGGUGUUUUACGGCGGGGAUACCGGAGGAGGAGUAUGUGUCGGAUUAUGAAAUAGACGGCGGAUUCCGAACGGAAUUCGGGAUCUCGAUGGAAGAAAUUGGAUUUUCCGGUGAUGGAUUUGGAACUGGCGGGAAAAUCGGCGGUGAUAACGGAGAUGAUUCGUACGGUGAUAAGAGGAAGAUGGGCGAUUAUUAUCGUGAAAUGUUGAAACUAAACCCCGGUGAUCCACUUCUUUUGAGAAACUACGGCAGGUUCUUACACGAGGUGGAAAAGGAUAUGGAGAGAGCAGAGGAGUAUUACGGGAGAGCUAUCUUAGCCAGCCCCGGAGAUGGGGAAGUUUUGUCUUUGUACGGGGACCUAAUCUGGGAACGACACAGAGACGAGAGCCGUGCUAAGUCUUACUUCGACCGAGCCGUCACUGCUUCUCCUGAUGACUGCAUGGUGCUGGGAUCUUACGCCAACUUUCUGUGGGAUGCAGAGGAAGAUGAUGAAGAAGAAGUAGAAAUGUCGAAGGCUAUGGUGGCAGCUUUUUAAUGCUCUUAUCGUUUACUUUCAAUCAUGGUAGACCGAAAAAAAGAAAGAAGAAAGAGGAUGAACAAGAGAAAAAUCAUGUUUUUUGUGUAAUAAUAUUAUAUUAUAUUAGAUUAAAUUAAUGCUAAUGCUAACUUCAAUAACAAGAUAAUAAGCUUUUGUUCAUUUUAAUUUUGUUUAUAUGCAACAUGUUUGUACAUAUUUUAUAAGAUUGCUCCAUCUCUAACCAAUAUUUCGUCAAUAUAAAUAUGGCUCAAAUUUCAUCUA